UUAAAAAGGGCUUUAACAAGUAGGCUAGGCUAUCUUUUGUAGUAUCACCAGAGACUUGACUUUGGUAUCGCACCACAGAGACGACACGACCUGCAGAGGAGUGACUGCUAGAUUGUUGGUGAAUUCAUCUCACUAUGGCCAGUCCUGAAAGCCAUGUGUGGGUGGGCUCCAUAGAGGGCCUUCCAGUGGUAAGCUCUGUAAAAGAGGCUGUGGAGUGGGUCCUGGCUGUGGCUGCAGAUGACUCCGCUCUGGCCGAAGAGAAACUGAAGGUCAUCACUGCAAGGCUCGGAGAGGUGGACAAGCUGAAAGAGAACAGGUCUCCUCGGAGUUCGUCAGGAUAUUUCUCUCGGAGCACAUCUGCCAGCUCAUCACAGAGUGUGUCAGGAUAUUCCUCUGAGAGCACAUCUGGCAGCUCCUCACCGAUUGGGAAGAAAUCAGCCAGCCUGCCUACAAAUGUGGAACGUUAUCCGGAAAUUAACCUGAUGGCCCACAUAAUAGAAGUAAUGGGCCACAAGAAGAAAGGGAAACAAGGAUCUGAAUCAGUACAAGACAAGGCUCGCAUACAGAAAGUGCAAAGAGUUCGAGAUGAGACACUAGCGAAAAUCCAUCGCAUUGACCAAAAUUUUAGGUUUGCAGAGCCUCUUGAUGAUCAUGGUAAAAGGUCCAGAAGGGGUGAGCAUGUCAUCAAUAAUGAUGUAAUUCGAAUUUACAGUAAAGUUGUUGAUGGUUUGGGGGAGCGCUUCCAACUAAUUACACUAAAUAUGGACCGCCCCCUUGAUACAGAAACAGAAGCUGACAUUAUGAAUGUGUUAGUGGCACAUUUUGAUGAACACGAACUGUAUAUCAAUGCUAAUGCAGUGGUAUAUGGUGUAUACAGUAGGGAAUUGAAGACAGCUCUUACAGAAUUCCUGACAGAGCCUACUCAGGGCAACAGGGAUCAUGUGAAUUUCAUUGUAAAUCACAUGAAUGUGAUAGAGGCUUAUGUAGAUCCGUUUGCUAAGAUAAAAUGGAUUAGAAAUCAGAAUGAAAGAGGUGCAAAAUAUGAGACAGUCAGACAUAAUGUUGCAACCAUGUUCGAUCAGUGGGCUGUACAUUUUGCCACUGUUAAAGGUACACUAGACGAACUGUUUGGCCGUACGGCUUAAGUCUUUGGCCUAACUCUCUCUACAAGGUGCAAUGCAGUGAGGACAAACAUAUAACAUAUUCCAAAACUGGGAUCAGUGGUCUCUCUGUGAAAAAGUGUACCACAUCUCAAAUAAUAUUAACAUUCUGUGUUCCUUCACUUGUUUUCAUAAUCAGUGUCAUAAUGUUUAGGCAUUAUGUAGAGUGACAGAUAAUAACUUGUAACCACAUAUUUGAACCUUGAAUUUCCCCUUGGGGAUCAAUAAAGUAUCUAUCUAUCUAUCUAUCAAUCUAUCUAUUUUUGGUGAAUGCAAUUGUUUAUUUGUUUAUUCAGUUAUUUCUGGCAAAUGUGUUUUUCUGCUAAGUUUGUUUAAACAAUAAAGUUGCUGGUGUGACAUGGUCAUUAAAUGGAUGAUGGGUGCCUGGCAUCUCUAUUAUAUAGCUUAAGGUGUUCUUUAGAUGUUUCCAGCAUUAGCUCCUAGCACUGUUGCUGCCUGCCACAGACAUUUGUUUGAUAAAUGUGGUGUAACAGUGUCAUAUUUUGUUAGUUAUGGUCAGAAGUUUCCCUUAAAAUAGUCUUGAUAAACAUUUUUUUCAGACCCGUAGGCCUAAAAUCAUUGCAUGUAUAGUUCAAGAGGUCCCACUCUGCAAUAAUUCAUAUUUUAUUGACAUAUGGUAGGCUGUAGCCAAUUAAAACCCAGUAAGCAUUCACAACAAAGUCAAUAAGCAAUGUGGUAAACUCACUAAGGUCCUGCCUUGAGAGAUGGAGGUCUAUAAGGUUAAUUUGGACAGUAGACCUAAACCUUAACACAAUUUUCAGAUAAAAUGUUUUAGAUCACAAAUGUAAUGUUAGUGAUAAGACAUGUAAGCCUACACUUGGUGCCUAGAAAGAUCUAGGCAGAUAUAUGUAAAAACGUUGUUUUUAAUAAAAAAAAAAAAGAAGAAGAAAAUGUGUAGGCCUACAUUACAUGUAAGUUGGCCCGUAGGCCUACGUCACAAAGUUGGACCCUGUCUUUAAUAAAUGCAAACAAUAGGUGGCAGUAUUGGCUAUACUUAGCACAGAUUCGCUCACUGACAACACCAAAGAAGGAAUAGGAGCCUUAGGUACUCCAGACAGCGUUUUGUUUGUGGGAAAGGAAAAAGACAACGUGAGCCACAAUGGACGAGAGCUCAACCCCAGGAAGGAAAGGGAACUUGACUGGAAGUGCAAGAAAACUGAAGGACAAUGCUGCAGAUUGGCACAACUUCAUUUUGAAAUGGGAGCGACUGAAUGAUGAAGGAUCUGCAACUGCAACCAAAAUAGUCAACCUGGUAUUAAAUAAAGAGCCAGUGAAAGAGAUGCAUCUUUUGGCGGGGGCAGACGCUGACCAGUCAGUUACACCCCCUGUUGGGGCAGACACACUGAAGUCUGUUAAAGACCUUGAAGAGGAGUGCACCAAAUUGCAGGAGAUUGUGGAGAAAAUGGCUCAUAUUGUCUCAAAAAUGGAGAAAAUAGUGUCGUCGGAGAAAGGCAUCUGUGACCUGGAGAAAUUUCAGUUUGGAGCCAAAGGAAGAGACUGUCCACUCUUCCUUACAUGGCCCACAUCUGAGUUUGCGGAGGUGUCCUCCAGGUUGUACAAAUGCUACAGGCAGGAGCUGGCACUGAAGCAGCUCAUCCUACGGGAGCUGGCCCACACCUCUGACCAGCAGCUGUCCAUGGUCUACCUCUCCUCCUGGCUGUACCAGCCGUACUUAGAUGACCAGACCAAACUGCUCCUGGAGAGCUUGCUUCUAGAGACAGGACACAGGACACUGUAAACCACCCCACAACCUCCUUGAACGUGUCCAUUAUUCACAAGGCCCUGGGUUUUGAAAAACAUUCACUACACUUUGGUUACUGUAUUAACUGAGAUUUUGAUUACUGGGCACUAAGAUCUAUUGUAAAUCUGCCAGCCUACACACAGUUAGCGCUUAUGGUAGAAUUCUACCUUUGGUACAAUCUUGAAUGUCCAGGUGUACAAUGUUCAGGAAUACACUGGCCUUUUUGUGAUCUCCAAGUCCUGCCACAAGGUUUCAGCUAAAAAUUGCACCUUCAAAUGGAAGAUGGUCAGGAAGAUGGACAGUGAGUUACACUUCGGAAGGUCUGAAUGACCCUGCAUCAACUCAAAAGUUUGGCUGUCUAAACUGGAGUGUGAACUGUUAGGAAAAGGACUGCCUCACUCAUUAUUGCUUUGAUAAUGAGCCUUUUCUGGAAUAGAAGUACUGUAAAUGGUUAAAGUGUGGAAACAUUUAACAACA